AUGGGCAACGCACCGCUUAUAUUGAUCAACGGUUGGCCUGGCGUCGGUAAACAAACCGUCGCGGAGAUGUUGGCACUUCUUCUUGGGGAGGACAAGGCACACCUCGUCGACGACAACAACUUUGUUGGCACCGUCCAUCUGCCUCAUGGCCACCCUGACUUUGAAAAGUCAAAGAGGGAGGAUCGAGACACAGCAUUCGCCAAUUUUGUCGAAGAUGCCUCCUCACUAGGCAAGAUCACAAUCUUUACCGACUGCCAGGCGGAUACCAUUGAAGGACGCAGCGUUGCUCAGGAGUAUGAAGCAACUGCGGCACGCAGCAACCGCGCUCUCAUCCCCAUAUACCUGGAUUGUCAGCUAGAGGAAAACCUACGACGGGUCCAGACGCUGGAGCGCAGGACGAGCCUGAAGGACAAGAUCCGCAGCCCUAAGGAGGCCCGGUCUGUCCGCAACGAAGGCGGUCGCCUCUUUGUUUUCCCUGACCACAAUGGCCUGACUCUCAAUAUCACGAACAUGGCGCCCGGCGAGGCUGCCAUUAGUAUUCUUGGCUUCAUGAACGACGAGAUAGCUCGCAGAGAUACUGAGCUCGCAAAUGCCGAAACGACACCUCUGGAAGGGCAGGAGCCGGAUUGGUUACAUCUGGAUGCAAGAUGA